GUUUUUUUAAUGUAACACGAUAUUACAGCUUCUCAUGAUACUUGGCAACGGCUUCCGGAAACAAACCCGGAAAUCUGUUAGAGACAUCAACAGAAAGCUUGUGGAGACUUUUAGGUGAUGUCAUCAGAAGACCUCCAGCUUCUGAGGAGACCGUGUCCUCCUAAACGCUCUCCAUCACACUGUACGAUAGCAGAGUCUACACCUACACAGGUCCAUGAGGAGAGCAAAACAGGAAGGAGAAAGGAGUGGAGUGGCCAUGGCAACGCUCUUCCAUCUCCACCCCGGUCCUUUCUCCCUGCUGAAGCUCCCAUCAUGCCUUGCGUCAACUCUUUUCCUUCCAGACCACGAAGAAUUAUUCCUAAAGCCCGUAUUUUAGCAUUCUUGGGAGAUGAUCCUCAUUAUGCACCUCCACCCCCAGACGUCCUCCAGGACUUUCUGAAACCCACUCAGUCCGAGAGUGAGCCAGUCCAGAGCAGCCAAUCACAGAAGAAGGUGAUAAAGGACCUGUCACGAUGGAACUACAGGAAGUUCAUCAAUCACUUCCUGUCUGAGCUUCAUGAUGGGCAGCAGAGAGAAGUGGCCAGGCAGGUGCUGAGCUGUGAGCCGUUUCCUCGUCUUGAGCGCAGGAUCCCACAGUGGCAGAUCAAGUGUGAGUUGGCUGCAGUGGUCCGGGUGCAGACGGAGUGUGUGAGACAUCAAAGAGAUGACAAAACCUUUUUUGUUUUAAAAAAGACAGCAGAUGAGACACCAGGCGUAUGCUCACACACACAGUAUGACAUGGACCCAGUUGUUCUGAGUUUUCACGGCUCAUGCCGAUCUCAUGCCCCUUCCCUUGCGCCACUCAACCCAUCUGAGCAUGCAGUUGUAGACUGCCUCAAGAAAGGAGGCACUGUCCUCAACCUCAAGGCUCACUUUAUUCACCAGCUACCUGAUCUGUCUCGCCUUAUCUCGUCUCUCACCUACUUAAAUCUUUCAUUUAAUGAUUUUAGGUUAUUUCCUGUGGAGCUGUGUGAGCUCUAUAAACUGGAGGUGCUGAUGUUGAGAGGAAACCCAAUUGUGGAAAUCCCAGCUGAGAUCGAGAAGCUGAUCAACCUAAAGAUGCUGGUGGUCUCGUUCUGCAAGCUCACUGCUCUGCCGUCUCAGUUAUACAAUCUUUCCUCUCUGCAGCACCUGGAUGUCUCACACAACCUCAUUGGUCACUUGAGCAACAAGAUCAUGAGCCUCAGGUCACUGCGUUAUUUAAACGUAGAGGGAAAUCUGUUAGCAUCUCUACCCCGCGGUCUGCUGCGUCUCCCUCUGUCUCAACACGUGUAACAGUUUCCCUGAAAUAAUAAAUAUUCUAGUUUCA